AUGAGAUCCACAUUGCUGCGACUCGCCCAGCCUGUGCAACUCAGCGCAAGACCAUUGGAUCCUUCGGUCAGGGCAGCACAGUCUACGCUGCUGCCUCCAGUACCACAUCUACUUCGCAUCCAUCGUCGAUUACCAUUGGAGAUGCGCUCGCUCGGAGAUGACUACGUAAAGGCAGAGUUCCAAAGACAUAAGACAGCGGACAACCCGGUUCAUAUAAUGGGAUUCUUGCUCGAAUGGAACAAAUACCUCAGUCAGCUGCAGACACAUCUCGUCGGAGACUCGAGCACCUUUCGAGGUGUAAAGAUGGAGGAUUCAAUGUUCGAAAAGAUGUCAAACGAACAAUUGGGACAGCUCUAUGAGUUGAUGCAUGCGUCGAAAGAUGUAUGGAAGCCCGCAGAACCACACAAAGGUCUCAAGGACGUGUCAAAGGACGAGAAGUAA